ACCAUAUAAAAGUAAUUACGUUUACUAAACUCUGGAAGCAGAACAAUAUUCAAAGCUGAUCAUAAUGACGUAUAUUUGGAUAUAUGUAACGAUAGGUAUAUACUAUCUACAAGUUGCAACUAGUCAACGCAACAACGGUGACAAUAGAAAACCUGGACGAUGUCCAGCCGUUCCACCAGAUCCAAAAGGUACAUGUGUUGACCUACCAAUAUGUAGUGUAGAUAGUGAUUGUUACGGUGUAAAGAAGUGUUGUCCAAAUGGUUGUGGACAUGAAUGCCUUUUUCCAGUCGAUCCAAAGCCUGGUAUCUGUCCCCCUAGUGGCGGCGGUCAUUGUGCUGAGCACUGCAGUAAAGACAGCGAUUGUCAGGAUGUUCAGAAGUGUUGUUCUAACGGUUGUGGACACGAUUGCUUCUUCCCAGUCACUGUUAAGCCUGGUACCUGUCAAACACUUCCACCUGAUACUGUUGGGACAUGUGUUGACCUUUGCACUGUGGACAGCGAUUGUUUAGGUGAUCAGAAGUGUUGUUCUCAUGGUUGCGGACACAGUUGUUCCUCUCCAGGUAAGACACGUAAUCAGAAGUGUUGUUCUGAGGUUGUGGGCACAGUUGUUCCUCCACAGGUAAGACACGUAAUCAGAAGUGUUGUUCUCAUGGUUGUGGACACAGUUGUUCCUCCACAGGUAAGACACGUAAUCAGAAGUGUUGUUCUCAUGGUUGUGGACACAGUUGUUCCUCCACAGAAGGAAUCAGCACUGUAUUCUUGA